AUGGCGCUGCUGCGGGCCCGCGCGCUCUAUGACUUCAAGUCGGAGAACCCGGGCGAGAUCUCGCUGCGGGAACACGAGGUGCUGAGCCUGUGCAGCGACCAGGAGAUCGAAGGCUGGUUCGAGGGGGUCAACAGCCGCGGCGACCGCGGCCUCUUCCCGGCCUCCUACGUGCAGGUCAUCCGAGCGCCUGCCGCCGAGCCGCCGCUGCCGCUGCCCGUGCCCACCCCGGCCCGCUACGCGAACGUGCCGACCGGCGGCUUCGAGCCCUUAGCGACGCCGGCCAGCGCCUUCAACCCUCCCCCGGUGCUGCAGCAGCAGCAGCAGCAACAGCUCCCUCCACCGGCCGCCGAGCCUUUCCAGCUGCCUCCACCGCCAGCCGCGUCGGUCUUCUCCUCCUUCCAAGCGCUGCCUUCUUACGGCGGCUCUUCUUACCAGACCAGCCAAGGCAGCGACGACGAUUGGGAUGAUGAUUGGGACGACAGCUCUACGGUGGCGGAUGAGCCGGGCGUCCUGGGCAGCUCCUACCCGGACUACGAGAACGCAGGCAUGGGAGGCGGCGGCGGCGCAGGCGGCCCUUCGAGCAGGUACCGCCUUUCUACCCGCUCCGAUCUGUCUCUGAGCUCCCGGGGCAGCCAGCCUGGCGGACCUCUGCAUCACCCGGCGGGCGGCGCCAAGAGCUCCGCCACGGUGAGCCGCAACUUGAACCGCUUCUCCACUUUCGUGAAAUCGGGAGGAGAGGCCUUUGUACUGGGCGAGGCGUCCGGUUUCGUGAAGGAUGGGGACAAACUCUGCGUGGUGCUGGGCACCUACGGGCCUGAAUGGCAGGAGAACCCUUACCCUUUCCAAUGCUCCAUCGAAGAUCCCACCAAGCAGACCAAGUUCAAGGGCAUGAAGAGUUACAUUGCCUACAAGCUGGUGCCAAGCCACACUGGGCAGCAGGUGCACCGGCGCUACAAGCACUUUGACUGGCUCUAUGGGCGCCUGGUGGAGAAGUUUCCUGUCAUCUCGGUGCCCCAUUUGCCAGAGAAGCAGGCCACUGGACGCUUUGAGGAGGACUUUAUCUCCAAGCGCCGCAAAGGCCUGGCAUGGUGGAUGGACCACAUGUGUAGCCAUCCAGUGCUGGCACAGUGUGAUGCCUUCCAGCAUUUCCUGACCUGUCCCAGCACUGAUGAGAAGGCCUGGAAGCAGGGCAAACGCAAGGCUGAGAAGGACGAGAUGGUGGGUGCUAACUUCUUCCUGACCAUUAGUGUCCCUGCUGGUGGCCCUGCUGCUCUCGACUUGCAGGAGGUCGAAAGUAAGGUAGAUGGCUUCAAGAGCUUCACCAAGAAGAUGGACGAGAGCACCAUUCAGCUGAAUCAGACGGUCAAUGAGUUUGCCCGCAAGCAGGUCACUGGCUUCAAGAAGGAAUACCAGAAAGUAGGGCACUCCUUCAAGGGCCUCAGCCAAGCCUUUGAGAUGGACCAGCAGGCUUUUUCAGUUGGCCUCAAUCAGGCCAUUGCCUUCACUGGGGAAGCUUAUGAUGCAAUUGGUGAACUCUUUGCAGAGCAGCCCAGACAGGACCUGGACCCAGUGAUGGAUCUGUUAGCUCUAUAUCAAGGACAUCUGGCUAAUUUCCCAGACAUAAUCCAUGUCCAGAAAGGAGCCCUUACCAAAGUUAAGGAAAGUAAGAGGCAUGUGGAAGAAGGGAAGAUGGAGGUCCAGAAAGCUGAUGGCAUUCAGGAUCGUUGUAACAUUAUUUCUUUCGCCACCCUGGCAGAAAUUCACCAUUUCCACAAAAUUCGAGUCAGGGACUUCAAAUCACAAAUGCAGCAUUUCUUACAACAGCAAAUACUUUUUUUCCAAAAAGUGACACAAAAGUUAGAAGAAGCUCUUCACAAGUACGACAGUGUUUAAUAUUUCUUAGAUCUUGGACUUUGAAUGGUGGAUAUUUCUUGGCUUGUGGAUGGAAUAAGCAACAGAGUCAAACACCGCUCUCAAAUACCUGUUGGGGUGCUUUACAAGGAUGAUUUUAUACUGGAUUCCAGCUGAACCUAAUAAUUGCAUAAGGAGGAAAUAAUUAUGCCUAUUUAGUGGAGACUGUACUACACAUUGUAACUAAGUUAUACUCCAAAUGCCUACACUACCAUUGUAAUGUUUUUGAAAUAAUGAUUAUACUAUUUGCCUUAUUGCUUUUUUGAAAUACGGUAUUUUAGUGCAUAUUCUGUAGACCACAAAACCUUUUGGGUCUUUCAGGAAGUUGGCUAGAUAAAAGCCUGCUUCAGAUGCCUUUUUAAAAUUCUCUUAGGUUUGAAUUUUCUAAAUUCAACCAAUUCUCUGUUUACAAAUUCCUAUUAGAGCAGCUAUGCGAUUUUGUGCCUUUAGACUUACGGUUUUCAUUAUUUUUUUCUAGUAAAACACAUUUUUAUGACUGAUUGAAUGAAGGAUUGGCUCCUCUGACAGGGCCUGAUUUCAAACCUCAUAGUGACUGAAAAAUAACUAGUCAUGUAACUUGCACACUAGAUAUUAUGUUAAAUGUUGGCUGAAAAAAACCCUGGGAUUUAAAAUCAUUUUAGACUUCGUGCUGAUUAAAAAUACUAUUUAUUAUUUGUACCAGAACCUUAAAAACACAAGCAAGAGUGCAGCCCUGCUGUAUUCCUUUUUUAAACAUGGAACAGAAAACCUUUCAGUGUAACACAUCUUUGAAUGGAAACUUGGACCACUUAUCUAAUAAAAGAAUACUGAAGUUUAUCAGUGGAGUAAGAGGUGAGGAUUAGUGGCUCGCAUGUAUAUGCAUGUGUGUUUUGUUUGCAAGACUUGUGUGUCUGUUGAUUUCUUUGACUCUGAACAUGAGCCUACAAAACAUUCUGUGAAAUUGCUGAUUGGUUGGGAGGAAAAUAUUAAUAACUCUUGACAAACCUAUUUCCAUGAAUGCAUCUAAUCUAUUUUUACAGCCAUGUAAAAUGUGUGCCCUUUCCCAGAUCUUGUGCUAGUAAUUCUUGUAAUUUAUGGCCUAGGUGCACAUUCUGGAUGCAUUUUCUUCACAUUCUAAGAGCACAUUCUGGGUGCAUUCUCUCCAUUCUAGAUCUCUCACACACACAUGCACCCCCCAAGUGGCUUUUUCCCUUAUAGGAUUUCAGAUGUGAGUUCAUCGUUAUGGCAGAGUGUGGGAGAAAACUUAGAAUGCUGCAGAGUUAAUUUCCUCCAUUACACCUUGGGAUGAUGUGGGAGUUCCAGCAAAAAACAUCAGGCCUCUUAAAUCAUGGUUGUCCCAGCACCAGUAUAUGCAAGAGCAUCCACACUUCUUUUAGCAAUAAAUUACAUACAAUUAAAAGCAACAAUUUCACUCUCAGGUGAAUGCCAUCUGCUCUCUUCUACCCUCCCCUGGUCUCUCUGUGUUUAGUUUGUUAGUUCUAAAAACUUCAUUCUUUGUCACUUCCUUGACUUGUGGAGGUCGUCUCCAAUAUCCUCUACAGUUCAUUAUAUUCAUGAUGUAAAUAAAAUGUUCUUCCAAAGUUGAACCUAAAAAUUAAAGCUGAACCUUGAUUCUUAA